AUGGCUUCCGAGCUCAAGAAGGUCCCCAUCCCCCGCAAGGGCGUCGACUACCGUGGCAAGGUUGUCCUUGCCCCGAUGGUCCGCUCGGGCGAGCUGCCCUCCCGACUUCUAGCUCUGCACUAUGGCGCCGACCUCGUCUGGGGCCCGGAAACCGUCGACAGAUCCAUGAUCGGAACCACAAGGCGGUACAACGAAGUCACAAAGACAAUCGAGUGGACAAGGAAACCGUCGCAAGGCUCCAAGGCACCCCCGGACGACGUCAAGGACAGCAUCAUCUACCGCGUGCACCCGGAGCUCGAGGGCAGCAAGCACAUCUUCCAGAUCGGCACCUCCAACCCAGAACUCGCCGUGCAAGCUGCACGCGUCGUUGCGGGAGACGUCAAGGGCAUCGACGUCAAUGCGGGCUGCCCAAAGCCUUUCAGCACGCACGACGGCAUGGGCGCGGCCCUGCUGCGCACCCCGGACAAGCUCUGCGCCAUCCUCGAGGCGCUCGUCAAGAACAUCACCCCCGAGUACGAGAUCGGCAUCAGCGUCAAGAUCCGCAUCCUCGAGACGGCGGCAGAGACGGAGGCGCUUGUGCGCCGCCUCGUGGCGACGGGCAUCACCGCGCUCACCGUGCACUGCCGGACGACGCCCAUGCGGCCCCGCGAGCGCGCCAUCCGCGGCCAGCUGCGCAUGAUACGCGACAUCUGCCAUGAGGCCGGCGUGGCGUGCCUGAUGAACGGCGACGUCGAGUCGCGCGACCACGCGGCUGGCCUUGUCGAGGAGUACGGAGUUGACGGCGCCAUGAUUGCCACCUGCGCCGAGAAGAACUCGAGCUGCUUUCGCGCUGGGGCUGACGGGGGUGUCGCUCCCUGGGAGCAGGUUGUCGAGAAGUACGUCGAGUUGGCCAUGGACGUGCACAACAAGUUUGGCAACACAAAAUACCUCCUGUGCCAGCUCGUCCCCGGCAAGUCACCCAUGUACAAGCUGCUGCAGCCUUGCAAGUCCUACCUGGCCGUGUGCGAGACGCUCGGCGCCACACAUCUUCUGGAGCGUGCCAGAGCCGUCGACGUCGCAAUCGGCAUCGACCCGGAGAGCAAGGCGCAGCUCGCGGCGGACAAGUCUGCGGCAAAAGCAGGCCAGAAGGCCGCGCGGAAGAGGCAGGAGCAGGAGCAGCAGCGUCAAACGCAGCAGCAGCAGAAUCAGCAGCAGUGGAAGAACAAUCCCAGCGCGCUGGCCGCUGGCGGCAACCCCGCCCAGGACCGCGCGAACAACAAGAAGCCCCUUUCCGAGCGUGGCGUCCAACAAAGGAAGAGGUCGCAGUCACCAAACAACAUGCCGCAACAGCAGGAGGUGACAAAUGGCAUCCACCCCGCGGCGGCGCCGGCGUUGUCCAGGGAGCAGUUCUUGGACAAUCUGAUCUCGUAG